AUGUGUUCUUCCUCCGAGGAGUGGACAUCGACCUCCUACGUUGGCAGGCAAGGACUAGAUUUAGAAACGUCGUCCGAAGUAUCAGAAAGUGUGGACGACUAUAUUCCUCACAGGCCUAAAUCUUAUCAUUAUGAUGAAGACACGAAGAAGAUCGUAUAUCAUAACAAACCAGAAAAGGAGGAAGUCGAAGAAGAAGAAAUUGAAGAAAUUGAAAUUCCCGUUAGUCCUGGCAUUUAUUUAGAAAGAGCAGAAGAUGCCACCCAUCCUACACCUAAAAAAACUACCACAAGUCCUCUUUUAGCAACAGCUACCCCUCCAGCAGAUGGCGAAGGUCUCCUCGACUUCGUAUUAAAGUUAAAAAAUAAUCCAAACUAUAAAUUUAUACCUGACCCAACAACAGCAUCACCCGAUACUCUUAGUAGUGCAGCUAGCGUGUCAAUAGAAUUGCAAAGUACUACCCCACCAGCAUUUCUAAAUAUAUUAUCCAAAGUAAAAAGUGACUCACGAUAUAAAUAUAUAGAAGAUCCGAAAGAACCUUCGGCCAAGAGUAAAACAACUACUAUUAAACCUGAAGAGGAGGAAGCAGAAGAUGAGUUGGAAGAAGAAGAACAAGGUAAGAUUAACAUAACCGAUGAUGCCGAAGAGAAACUAAAAAACAUACAAAUAUUUGAUAUUAACCAAUUUAUUCCUACAGUUCAACCAAUAGUUACGCCAACACCCAUUGAUUAUUCAAAAUAUAAAACUAUUGAGAGACCCAGGCACAAUAUAAGCAGUAGGUACAAUGCAGAUGAAGACAGAAAUACAGAGGAAGAUGAAUCGAUUAAAAGGCCUGCGUUGCUUGAAGAACAGUCGCAUACAGAAGUUUCUGAACCCAGCAAUAAUUCGGAGAGCAUAAUUAUUAGUAGUACCGAAGAAUUAUCUAAGCCAACUGAAACUAGUGUUCAACAUAAAAGACGAAGAAUAACAACUGCAAGAGUACCAGAAAGCAACGUUCAAGAAGAUAAACCAAGUUCUACGAGAACAUCUUCUCGCAGACGUGCCAGACCAUCAAGUGAAUCACUUGAUAAUAGGCCAACGAAUUCUCAAAUAAUAGAAACAUCAAAGUCAUCGGAAAUCCAAAUUUCAACUGAAAGUGUAACUCCUGAUAAUCAUGGCAAAGCAAAAAGAGUCUAUAGAAGAAGACCUGUAAGAAUUAGGAGUACAACAGAAAAAGAAGUUGAUACUGACCAAUUUAGUGAAAAAAUAGCCAAAAGAAGUAUACCAGAAGAAGAUGACAGAAGUAGAAACUUAGAAAAUGAGAAAUUAGAAGCCGAUUCCAGUCAAUACAUUCUUAUAGCAAAAGACAUUCUUCAAGAUAUUAUUAAAAAAAAUCAUGAUAAACAGGAUAAAAUUAACUCAGCUGUAAAGGCGCUAGAACAAGAUUCUAUUACAUCUGAAACCAAUUAUGGUUCAGAUUCACAAAUUAAUAACGCUUCAACGUUAAGCGUCGACGACACAUUAAAUACUACAGUUAUAAAUGAUAAUUAUACCCACGAAGACAAUAGUCCUAUAAGUUAUAAUAUAGCACAAGAUUUGAUUAAAGAAGUUGAUGCUUUGGCAGUUAAACAGGGAAUUAUAAAGGCAAAUAAACGAUCUUUCAAAUAUUUGGAAAAUACAGAUAAUAAUAACACAGAUUCCAAAGAUAUCGAAAAAAUUGAUACAGCAAAUCAAUUUACUACUAAAUUAUAUAAAAACAUUAGUGAUGACAAAGAUAGCAUCGAGAUUGGUGCAUUUAAUAAAAAUUAUGAUAAAGAUAAAAGUAUAGUAAACCAGUACCAGACAGAUGAUCAAGUUAUUGAUACAACAGCAAAAACUUUCGAUAAUACAGAGCAAAGAGCAGUGCAAGAAGAGAGUAAAGAAAUUAGUAGCGGUGGCAGAAACUAUCAAAGAGAAGAAGAAACUAUAAUUGCGGAUCUACUGAAGUUAAUACGAGAACCGUUUGGAAGAAAUAAAAAUUCUGGUAAACCUAACGUAGAAAGAAAUAAAAAUAAAAAUAAAACAUCUAACGAUUAUAACUUAGGUACCAAAAAACUUUUAAAAUAUACACAAACUUUGGAUCUACCAACACAGUACAGUGAGCAAAAUGACUCCGAAGAUAAUAGUUCCUGGGUUGAAAUAAUUAACAAAAACUAUGACAAAUCUAAAAAACAUGGAGGUAAUUAUAAACCCGAAGAAAUAUUUGACGAAUUUCGAAAUAAUGACGAUUUGGGCAAAAGCACUAAUAUAGAAAAUAGUAAAAUAAUACAAGAUAAAAUUAAACCGGACGUGGAAAUAUUUGACCAGAACUAUAAUAAAACCGCCAAGCAUGGUGGAAAUUAUAAAAAUGAUAUUGAUAAUGUAGCUGACAGUUUGUCACAAAAAGAAGUUUUAACUGAACCUAACAGUGAAAUUUCUAGAUUGCCGAAAUUAAAUGAGAAAACUGAAGAUGAUAAAAUAUUGGACGUGGAAAUUAUCGAUUCAAAUUAUGAUAAAACUAAAAAACAUGGCGGUAAUUAUAAGGAAGAUGAAGAAAAUGUAACAACUGAAGAUGAUUCAUUACUUGAAAAAGAUACAAGUGAUACCAAUUACCUUAUAUACUUAAUGCCGAAACCGACUGAUUAUAACUAUUCCUUGGCCACUGACUAUUACAUGCCAGGAAAAAAAGUAUUAAAGAUUGUCAAGAAAACGAAGAUGCUAGAAAGAAGUGAUCAAAAAAAUAAACCAGUUGUUGACAAUUUUGAAGAAAAGGAAGCUUUGGUUCCGCUAGAUAAUAAGCAUAGCGUUGCAUUAGAUCCUUCCUUUAUAACAUCAGAAACUAAAAUUGGAGAAAAAAGAGUCAGAAAAUAUGAGAACUCAUAUACUCCUGAUAGAGCAUAUGUAGACAAUUUGAAUAUAGAUAAGUUCAAUUCUCCAAUUGAUAGUUAUCAAAAUAAAAUUGAUUUAAAAGUUGUUCCAAAGCUAACGGAUGUUGUUCUUAAACCCGAAUAUUUUUAUACAGAUCCAGGUCUACCUAUACAAAUUAACAAAUUACAUGAUCACACUACAAAAAUUAAAUUGGACACUGAAGAUUUGGAACGUGCUAUAGCAGAAGGUGACCUUUUUAAGAGUGAAGAUUUACCAAUUAGAGAAAUUGUUGAUACUAGACGAAAUGAUGAUGAAUCAAAUAUAGUAGUUACUGAAACAAAUAAGAAACCUAUUCAUAUUGAAAGGACAGGGAAACACGAAACACUGAAGAAACCAUUUUUUAUUAAAGAUCCUAGUAAAAGAUUAUAUUUUUAUGCUACUGUUUAG